AUGAGCUACAGAUAUCCUCACGAAGACGACUCGGACGAGAACGGCUUCGGCGAGAGCUUGCAGCAACCGUCAGGAGCUAAACAUGACGACUCCUCCGACAGUGACAAUGACGUCUUCGAGCCGGCAACAGAGGUCACAGAAGACGACCAGGAUGAGGAUGAGGAAGAUGAUGAUUCUGACUAUGAGGAUGAGGGGGAGGACGAUGAGGAGGACGAGGAUGAUGAAGAUGCAUUUCACGAUGCCGAGACCGGCUACACCGUCGAAGUCGUCUACGGAGGAUCAGAAGACAACGAAGAAGGUGACAAUGAUGAGGAAGAGGGAACACAAAGAGAGCAAAGGCCGGUCACUAUCUCCAUCGGAAAUCUAUUGGGACGCAUAGGGGCCACUCACCUCUCAGCCCAACAAUUAAUGGCCCUCUUCCACAGCCGAGACCUCGGCCACGUACUCUUUAGUGAGGGCGAUGACUGGCCGGGUCCCCGCCGGAGGCGGCAACCCCCAGACCCAAACCGUUUUCCCAAGGUCCCUAGUGACAAGGGUACUGAGCUUAUGAACUCGGGCACGUUUGGCGCCACAGACAGAACUGCUAUCCGCCACAAGAAAAAACUCGCCCGCCGCAUCCUCGACCGGGAACUCGGCGUCGGCGAUCCUAGGAUUAAUCAGGCCGCAAUGGCGCAGGAGAUGAUCCCCACCUCAGAAGCAGACAUGAUUAUUCACUACAGGGCCCCUGUGUACUGCGGGCAGUUCAGCGAGGAUGGCAAUUUCUUCUAUGCUUGUGUGAAGGACUUCAAGGUACGGAUGUACGAUACGAGCAACCCAUACAACUGGCGGUACUACAAGACGGUCAACUACCCUUGGGGCCAGUGGACACUUACAGAUGCACACCUGUCACCGGAUAACAAGUGGCUGGCUUAUACAUCUUUACAAAGCCAUGUGUGCUUUGCCCCGACAGAUCCAAAUGACAAGGGCGACCCCUAUACACUCGACCUAGGCAGUGGCGCUAGGGACACUGGCUGGGGAGGCUGGAGGGCACGAGGGCACUUUGCCAUCUGGUCGAUCCGGUUCUCGGGCGAUGGGCGGGAGCUCAUCGCCGGCAACAAUGUUUCGAGCAUCAUCGUCUACGACAUCGAGUCGCGCCGCGUGCUGCACAACAUCCAAGGCCACGACGACGACGUCAACGCCGUGUGCUUCGCAGAUCCCAAGGACCCACACAUCAUCUACUCGGGCUCGGACGAUCAGGUCAUCAAGGUGUGGGACCGGCGGUCGAUGGGCGACGGGCGGGAGGCGGGCGCCUUUGUGGGCCACAUCGAGGGGCUGACGUACAUCGACAGCAAGGGCGACGGACGGUACAUCCUUUCCAACAGCAAGGAUCAGACCAUGAAGCUGUGGGACUUGAGGAUGGCCAUGUCGACGGAGCGGUACGAGGAGCUCAACCCGCGGCAGCACACGCACCACACGGACUACGACUACCGCAUGGAGGACUACGACAUGGACAACUGGUUCCAGCACCCCAACGACAACAGCGUGGUCACGUUCCGUGGGCACAAGGUCCAGGGGACGCUCAUCCGGUGCCACUUCAGCCCGGCCGGGAGCACCGACUCGCGCUAUGUCUACAGUGGUAGCCAGGACGGCAAGGUAUAUGUGUGGAAUAUGGACGCGACGCUGAAGACCACGAUCGACGUGGGCAAGGCCACGAACCCGGGGAAUCGGAGGCACGGCGGCGGCAUUGGUUCGAGGCGCGGCUGUGUGCGCGAGCCAUACUGGCAUCCCAACGCGCCUGUUAUCGCUGCAUCUUCGUGGGGUGGAUAUGAUAGGAGCUACGGGACGGUGUCGGUUCACUCGUGGAAUGAGAAUACGGACGAUGAUGCUGAUGACCCGAAAAUGGGCUGGAGUGUCAAUGACCAUUUGGGGGCCAAUCAUUUCGGGGCGGAAGAGGAGGAGGAUUGGUGA